AUGCCUUCCACCACCAUGAACACUGAAGAAGUUCGUGCGGUUUGGACAUCAGAAAAAGGGUCCAUGGCCAAACAGACGGCCGAGAACAGAUGGCCGAAAAUUAUUCAGGGCACCAUCGACGGAAUUUGCGAAGCAGCCGCCGCUGGGGACGUUGAAGAGCAAAAGCGAGUGGAAAGCAUCGCCAUUCGGAUUGCCCUGAAGCACCUCAAACAAGGAAUCGAACAGAACAAGCCUCUCACGCCCCUACAAGAUGAUGGCAAGCUCGAUAUUCAACAAUGGAACAAACAGCUGGCUGAAAUUGGGGAGUGCAGUUGGGCCAACUGCCCUUGGCUCUUUGGAGAGUGCUACAUGUAUCGGAGCAUUCAGAGCAUUCUAAACUCCUCGAAGCACUGGCAGAAUUACGAUGUUUUCAAACGCCAGAAAGACUCUACCUUUGUCAAGUCGAGAGCCGCUGUCGAAGAACUUGCCCGCCGUUAUAUGCAGAUCGUAGCCGAUAAUCCCCUCGCCCAAAAGGAGGGCAAGGAAGAGGCGAAGAAGUUGCUGUUUAUCGAGAUGACGGAGAUCGCCUUGUGGGGAAACGCAACAGAUCUGUCACUCCUCGCUAACCUCACUCUCGAAGAUCUGCAAAGCCUGCAGGGUCGUGAUGCUAUUCGAAAGAGCCAGCGGAAUAUCGUCGACAACGACAUUGAGGACGUCUGGGCCUAUCUUCAACGGACUACCGGUCAAGCUAGUCGCCAGAUUGAUAUUAUCCUUGACAACGCUGGCUUUGAGCUUUUUACUGAUGUGCUAUAUGCCGCCUAUCUUUUGGACGCAGGCGUUGCCACCUCUGUCAGACUGCAUGUCAAGGAGUUUCCGUGGUUCGUCAGCGAUGUCACUCCUCCAGAUAUCGAGUCGUUGUUCUAUCAUCUCGAUUCCUCUGAGUAUUUCCCCCGUCAUGAGUAUCUCGAGCAACUCCUCCCAAGACUUCACGAGUACUUCCGGUCAGGUGCCAUCACGACCACUAGCGACCCCUUCUGGACAACAGCGUUUUCGUUCCACGAGAUGCUGUCCAGAGCACCAGCCCUCUUCGAGGAGCUCCAGAAAAGCUAUUUAGUUAUCUCCAAAGGCGAUCUCAAUUACCGCAAAUUGACUAGGGAUGGGAUGUGGCCGCACACUACCACAUACGAAGAGGCUCUGGGUCCCUUAGGGAGGCAGAGCGGCGUCAAGAUUUUGGCCCUGCGCACGAACAAGUCCGAUGUUUGUGUUGGUAUCCAGACCCAAGCUAAGGUUGACGCGUUAGACGAGGAGGCGCCCGAUAGUGCUUGGAUACGGAACGGAAAGUACGCGGUGAUAUCAUUCAAUGAGGGCAAAUGA